CACCACCACCACCACUCAACCCCCCCUCCUCUCACUCCUUCACUCACACUCGAAACUAACCUUCACUCGCACUCCCAAACCACGGCUAACAAAGUCGAAAGGCCAGAAGUUACCAACGGACUCGACUCCUCUCACACAAACAAACCAUCCUCAAAAAACGAAAACCGGAAAGUAAAGAAAAACGAACAUUCCAAACAAAAAAUGUCGUCAGAAGAAACCCCCAAGCCGUCAAAGACAUACGACGCAAGCUGCCACUGCGGCACCAUCAAGUUCUCCCUCACGCUCUCGCCGCCGCUGGAGGACGGGUACGAGGUCCUGAACUGCAACUGUUCUAUUUGUCGGCGUAGCGGGUACCUUCUCAUUUACCCAAAUAAGAAGGACGUCACAUGGCACGACGGCUCGCGCGAAAAGUGCACGAAUUACCGGUUCAACACCAAGACCAAGGACCAGAUGUUUUGCGGUGCUUGCGGAUCGAGUCUUGGCAUCGACUUUUUGACGGAGGAUUUUUAUGGUAUCAGCGCGCGUGCCCUCGAUGGAAUUGACCUCGAUGCCCUGACGUAUAAGAAGCUCGAUGGGCUGAAUAGGGUGUCGCCUGCCCAGGACCUGUCCGGCUCGGGAGAGAAGGAGGCGAGCACCUGAGGGACUUGGAGAUAUACAAGAUCCAGGGUAUGUUCUUUUGAAAUUAUAGUAUAUUUUCAUUCAUAAAUGUCCUGAGACUUUGGUCAUGUUAUAUGUCC